CCCUCAGCUUCGCCCCGGGAAUGGCCGCCCAAAUGCCCCGACAGAACGGCCUCGUCGACGUCGCCGCUCUGCUCGACAACCUCGCCCCGGCCAACCAGCACGUCUUCCUCCAGCCGCCGCCAGCCAUCCCUACGGCGUCCCUGCAAAUCGUCAAGGAAACACUCGAUGCCUUCGCCGGGCAGGUGAGCGACGAGCAGCUCCAGAGACUCAAAGACGCGAACAAGAACAAGAAGAGGAAACGAGAUGGGGCGGCUGCUGCUCCCAUCGAGGUCUUGAAGAUCCGUAAGGUCUAUCUGGACGGGUUUGAGACAGGUCAGGUGUGGCAGCAGGCCAGGAAAAUUAUUCAGAGCGCCCUGGACCAUUCCGAGGCCACGCUCCAGGAACUCGAGGAAAAUGACGAGGUCGUGGUGGUAAACGGUGUCCAGGGCGAGGAAGAGGCUCUGGACUCCGAUGAGGAUGUCUCCGACCUCAACUCAGAUGAACAAGAAGAGUUGGGGAGCGAAGGGGAGGAGGAUGGCCACUCCCUAUCCGAUGGUUCCGAGGAAGACCUCGAGUUGGACGAGGACGGUUUGGAAGACGACGUGGCGGAGGAAGAAAUGAUGGAUGAUAUCGGGGAAGAUGGCGACGAAAUGAGGGAAGGAGAGGAGGAUGACGAUGACGACGGCUCUGAUGGACCAGCCGACGUCUACGUCGAGGACCCUCACGGACUCAACGACGGCUUCUUCUCGAUAGACGAUUUCAACAGACAGACCCAGUGGUUUGAAGAACAGGACGCCAGAGGCGAUCCCAACACUGAUGCCGUCAGCGAGGAGGAGGAAAUCGAUUGGACUGCCGACCCCCUGACCGCUACUGCAACUAAAGGGAAGAAGCAAGGUGCAGGCGCGGAGGAAGACGAUUGGGAGGACGAAGCCGGUGACGAUGGCAGCGACGACGAGGAAGGCGGUCCUACCUUCGGAGACAUGGAUCUAUACGCCCCAGAGGGAGAGAGCGAGGACGAGGAUAUGGAUGACGACGUGCCCGAGGAUACCGAAUUCAACGCGAACGACAUCCACUACAAAGACUUUUUCGCCCCGCCACCCAGGAAAGUCUCAAAAGACAAGCAGAAGAAGUCGGUCAGUUUCAAGCCGAAACCGAUUGCCGACGAGGACGUCGAGCGGGCCAUGGACGACGUGCGCCGAGAUCUUUUCGACGACGACUCGGACCACGGCGAAGACUCGGACGACGCACUGUCCGAAGUAUCCGCCAGCGACCCGCGCUCCCGCCGCUCGGCCCACGAACGGCGCCAGGCGAAGCUCGCCGAGGAGAUCCGCCAGCUCGAGGCCGCCGCCGUGGCCAAGCGCGAGUGGACCCUCAGCGGCGAGGCCAGCGCCGUCGACCGCCCCGUCAACUCGCUGCUCCAGCAGGACCUCGACUUCGAACACGGCGGGAAACCCGUGCCCGUCAUCACGACCGAGGUGACCGACAGCAUCGAGGACCUGAUCAAGCGGCGCAUCCUAGCCCAAGACUUCGACGAGGUCCUGCGCCGCCGCCCUGACGCCCCCGCCCUCUCGUCCGGGACGCGCCGCGGGCUCGUCGAGCUCGAGGACACCAAGAGCAGCAAGGGCCUCGCCGACCUGUACGAGGAGGACUACAACAAGCGCGCCGACCCGGAGGGCUACGUCAGCAAGGCCGACGAGCAGAUGCGCAAGGAGGAGGCCGAGAUCGCCCGCAUGUGGAAGGACCUGAGCGCCACCCUCGACGCCCUCAGCAGCUGGCACUACCGCCCCCGCCCCGCCGAGCCGGGCCUCACCGUCGUCACCGACGCCGCCACCAUCUCCAUGGAGGACGCCCAGCCGGCCACCGCCCAGGGCGUCGCCGGGGCCGAGAGCAGCCUCGCGCCGCAGGAGGUCUACAAGGCGGGCGCCGACAAGGACGCCGUCGAGAAGGGCGAGGUCGUCGCCAAGAGCGGGCUGCCCGUGGCGCGGGCCGAGAUGACGCGCGAGGAGAAGCGUCGGCUGCGUCGCCGGGAGAAGGAGCGCGUCCGCAGGGCCGGCGGGGUGGAUGGCGCAGCGGCCGCCGCUGCAGGCACAGGCACAGGCGCCGGCGAUGCUGGCAAGAGGCCCAUGAGCCGGCGGGCGAAGAUGCAGAAGGAGACCCUGGCGGACCUCAAGAAAGGCGGCGUCAAGGUCAUCAAUCGCAAGGGCGAGGUGGUGGACAUGGCGGGCAACAAGGCCAAGCCCGAGGCUAAGAUGUCGAGUACCGGCUUUAAGUUGUAGUGAAGCGCAAUCAAGAUGCACACGGCCCCGUUUUCCCUCCAUAGUGGCAGAAUCCUCCUUUACUUUGUUCCAGGUCCAAUUGAACUACGGAUACUUGUCUCACGUGAGCUCUCCGCCUCGAAUAUAUGUCUGUAUUUAAAUGAUUAUAUCAGUUUCAAUGCGUUCCCAUACGGAAGGAGACCUAGCAUUUAGGAUACAUCCACCUUCAAGGGGUCAGGUUGCCUCCAG